UACCCUUGCUGCUUACAGAGUAUAAGAGAAACAUGCUUCACUUCACACAGGCAAACAGCAACAUGAUUCAACUCACACAGGCACAGAGCAAUGUGUCACAUCUUACACAGGCACAGAGUAGCAUGUCUCUGCUCCAGGGAAUCUGGGACUACAUCCUACACUACGAGACCUGGUUAAGGUCUCCCCUUUUCCCUGUAUUGUUUUCACUGACAGUCUACUUAAGCUUCUGUUCACCUUUUGUGCUUCUGGACCUGCUGUCCUCCAGAACCGACCUGGUGAGGAGAUACAAAAUCCAGCAGAAACCAGUGACCUUAAGGAUGAUGUGGACCUGUUUGGCUCUCUCCCUCUACAAUCACAUGGUGUACAUCUUCCCUCUGAGUGUGAUGCACUGGUACUGGAGACCUGUCUUCUACCCAGCAGAGGCUCCCAGAUUCCUAGAAGUCAUUGGGCACUUGGUAAGCUGUCUGCUGCUGUUUGAUUUCCAGUACUUCAUCUGGCAUGUGCUGCAUCACAAGGUGCCUUGGCUUUACCGCACGUUCCACAAGGUGCACCAUAAACACACGGCAACCUUUGCUCUCACUACAGAGUACUCAGGUGCUUGGGAAACGCUCUCGCUCGGCCUCUUCGCAGCGGUGAACCCCAUGCUGCUGGGCUGCCAUCCGUUCACCGAGAUGCUCUUUCAUAUCCUGAACAUGUGGCUGUCAGUUGAGGACCACUGCGGGUAUGAUCUGCCUUGGGCCACACACAGACUUGUACCUUUUGGACUGUAUGGAGGUGCUCCACAUCACGACCUUCAUCACCAGAAGUUCAAAGCCAACUACGCUCCAUAUUUUACUCACUGGGACAAGUUGUUUGGAACACAUCACUCUGAGUAAACAGACUUUUAAAUCGCAAUACUAUUUUG